AUGAUUUCCUGGUAUUACCAGAGAGAACCACUAGAGGUCAGGAAAGCCCCUGCCCAGGAUGCAGAGUUUGUGUCCGACCACAGCAGAUGGGACCCUAUGGACUGUCUGUACAACAGACACCCCGAUGUCCCCGCCAAAAACCCUUGGUCUCAUGGCCCAUGUAGGGACUCAGAACGUGAUACCCCAAAGAGUGUCAGCCUGCCACCAAUUCGCACUCCGUGCACAUCGUGUUCUCGUGACCAUGUCACCACACCCUCACCAGCACCAAGCGUGAUCUGUACCAUCAUCAUCUCUGCCGAUCUGAACGCGGGCAAGUCGAGUCCUCACAUUCCGAGUCUGUUUAUUACGUCGCAAGCGCGGUUGACCACGUUCCGCGUGCUCGUUGUCCCCGGCGCCUUCGAUGUGUUCGCGCCGCUGGGGCGCGGGCGGGACGCGAGGCGGGGUCGGAGCUGCCGCAGUGCCGGGCCCCACGGCCAGGGGGCGCUGCGCCCCGGCGCGCGGAGGGCGCACCUGGCCGCGCUGCCCGAGCGCUACGAGCCGCUGGAGGAGCCGGCGCCGGCCGAGAGGCCCGCGAGGAGGCACCGGCAGAAGCUGAAGAAGUGCGGCAAGAACGUUGGCAAGGUCAUCACCAAAGGAUGCCGCUACAUCUUCCUCGGCCUGCAGGGCUUCGCCGCGGCCUACGCCUCCCCCUUCGGGGUGGCCACCAGCAUGAUGUCCUUCGUGCGUUAGUGGGAGCUGCUGGGCCAGGUGCCACGAGCCCCAAUGGAAGCCGCUGCUCCGGGCACGGUGUGAAUCCGGGAGCGUUUCAGACCUGAACUCACAGAAUACUUGCAAGAGAAAAAAAUGUCUGUCUUUGUUGAACUGGAUGAGUGUUGUGAAUGAGUCGUCUUGCCCAUCUGCUGAGCUUCUCAUGUUUCUUGGACACAAAUGGACACAGUGGACAAUCCCACAGAGAAGUAGGCUGAGGUUAGGUUUGGGAUCAGAAUUAUGUGGUUUGCCAAAGCCAGAGCUGGCACAUGAGGGUGGCAGGCGCUGGCGUGGCAGUGAGCAUGUCAGGCUUGAGCCGUGUGGGUGGUAGCAGAGUGGCUGUUGUGAGGGGAAGGGAUGUUGACCUGGAGUCAGAUGAUUUGCUGGAUUCUCCUAGAAAGGUCGCAGCUGAUGGGCGGCCCUGAGGGCAGCUAAGGAGCCAUUUACUUCUGAAGUCAUUCUCCCCCAUCUCCUUCCUCCCCACUCUGUCACCAGGAGUUUAAUUACAGGCUUCCGAGGGCGGAAGGAAGAAAACAUCUCUUUGAAGGCUGUGAUGCUUUGAAGACUGUUGACAGUGUGUCACGACAGUCUGAAGUAGAUAAAGGCCUGUUGUUCUCAUCCA